GUGUGUUUGCCAAGCUCCCAGAGAAGCUCCCAACCUCCUUUAAAUUCGGACUACCAGUCCCCUUUGAGCAAGAGAUGAUAUAUUGCUUCUAUUAAAACUGAGAGCCACGGCAAUGUCGGAUUCAAGCACUGAUGAGAGUUUUCCAAACCUCACUGCGUUUCUACAGACUGAUUCGUAUAUAGGACAAUAUGAGGGAGAACUGCGCAGAAGAUACAAGCGGUUUUCCGAGCGUCUGGCACAGCUGGAGGAGGCAGAAGGGGCCUUUGAUUACUUCACACUGAGCUACCAGUCGUUCGGAAUUCAGCGGCGAUCCGACAACAGUCUGGUCCUUAGGGAAUGGGCACCGGGAGCGGAGGCCGUCUUCCUGACUGGGGAUUUCAAUUCCUGGGGAAAAGAGUCACACCCUUUCACGCAGAAAGAAUAUGGAAAAUGGGAACUAUACCUCUCUCCAAAAGUGGACAAAUCUCCUGCCAUCAAGCACCUGACCAAACUCAAGCUCGUAGUCUUGACUAAAACAGGCGAAUACCUGUUUCGGAUCUCUCCAUGGGCCAAACAUGUCACAAAAACACUAGAUUCCGUCACCUAUGACUGGACUCACUGGGACCCUCCACAGCCAUAUCAGUUCCAGCACCCCAGACCCCCACGGCCCAGCAGCCUUCGUAUCUAUGAGGCCCAUGUGGGCAUCAGUUCGCCUGAGGAAAAGAUUGCCUCGUACAAAAACUUCACCAGAGAGGUGCUUCCUCGCAUUAAAGAUCUCGGAUACAACUGUGUCCAGCUCAUGGCAAUUAUGGAACAUGCCUACUAUGCGAGCUUUGGCUAUCAGGUCACUAACUUCUUUGCAGCUUCCAGCCGCUUUGGCACUCCUGAUGAUCUGAAGCAUCUGAUUGAUACCGCACACUCCAUGGGCAUCGUGGUUCUUCUGGACAUGGUCCACAGUCACGCCUCCAGCAACACAGAAGAUGGGCUGAACUACUUCGACGGGACCGACUCCUGCUUCUUUCACGGAGGCUCCAGAGGAACCCACUCGCUCUGGGGCAGUCGACUCUUCAAUUACUCCAGCUGGGAGGUGGUGCGGUUCCUCCUCUCCAACCUGCGCUGGUGGAUGGAGGAGUAUCACUUUGAUGGCUUCAGGUUUGAUGCUGUGACUUCAAUGCUGUACCACCACCAUGGCAUCGGCACGUCGUUUUCGGGGAACUACAGCGAGUACUUCGGGAUACAAGUGGAUGAAGACGCACUUGUCUAUCUAAUGCUGGCCAAUUACAUUCUCCACAAGCUCUACCCACAAUGCAUCACUGUAGCAGAGGACGUAUCAGGGAUGCCAGGCCUGUGCAGGUCCAUUGAAGAGGGAGGACUGGGCUUUGAUUAUCGUCUGACCAUGGCCGUGCCAGACAAAUGGAUUCAGGUGAGCUUCCGUCUCCUGUGAUUUCUCCCUCUCCACACAGAUGUUGCUCCUUUGUGUUUGGUUCUGUGCAAAUGAUGUUGUUUGAUGUUUGCAGUUCACUGUUUUGAGGUCAUCUCUCUUUAUGAAGCUGUGUAUUUGUAGUCUUUGCGCAGUGGCUGUCGAGCAUCCAAAUCCCUUGCUGGCCCAGCUCUAUCUACGCAUGUAUCAGCGUGGGCAUUUCCACUUUAAUUCGAGCCAGGUUUUUGCAUGACGAUGCCUUUUUAAAAUGACAAAAGGAAGAGUAUUGA